AUGCUUGUCUCCCCGCCUCCUUCCUCCGCGGUGACAAUCAAAUCAGAUCUGCUCAAGCUCGCUUACCGUCGGUGGAUGGCUGUCCCGGCGACUCUGAACCCUUCGGCGCCGCCGGAGCCACCAGACCCGCCGGAUCCGCCGGACACUUCGCGACGAUUCACAGAGUCUUCUCUGCUUCUGUGCUAUCACCACCACUGUUUCGUCAUCCGUUGCAUCACCGCUACCUCGCCCUCAUCCUCGUCGACGGCUUCAAAUCAUGCUCCGUUGACGGCAAGAUCCCUUCCCUCCCCGAGACCGGAUGAUGCCUGUUUCGGUCAAAGCGUUUGCUCCGGCACGAGACCUUCUCAGGCUCUCCUCUUGCUCUUUGCCUCCUUGCCGGGUUACUCUCCCCAGCUACUCUCUGGAUUUAUCGACAAAGAAACGCCGAUUAAACCCUCUCCCUUGCCGAGAGAGCCCCGACGGCCAACCCCCUAG